CAGAUUAGAAAUUGGUCAUCGUGAAACACUUGAAAUUGUUGAAGAAUUACGUGAAGAAAUUAAAAGAAGAGAUGCUCUUGCUCAAAUUGAAGUUAUGUCUGUUAUGACUGCAUCAGAAUAUUCUUAUAUGGAAGGAGGUUUUUCCACUGCUACUAGUGAAGUUGAUCAACUUGAUGUGGUUCAUCGUCUUCGAGAAGAAGUUGAACAAUUAAAAGAAGAACAACGUCGUGCUCUUAACCUUCUUUCCAAAAAUGAGAAUGAUCCAAAGAGUAAAGAAAUUAUUAAAAUUGAAUCAAAUAUUACAGAACUUAGGACAGAAUUAUCACGUGCCUAUUCAACAAAGAAUCAAAAAGAUAAUAAAUCUAAUGAUGAAUCUCUUCAUAAAUUACAAGCUCAAUUAAAAGAAUUAGAAGAACAACUUAUUAUUGCACAAGAAAAUCAAAGACAAGCUCGUGUCAAUGAAGCUAUUUCUCGAUUGGAAGGAAUUCCUAAUUCUAAUACUGAACAAGAUCAAGAAACUUUGGAACUUACUCAUCAAGUUGAUAAACUUCAAAGUGAAAUUGAAUCUAAAAGUCAUACCAUUGCUGCAAUUUUGUUCCCUUCAAUUGAACAUCAGAAUACUAUUCGAAAACUUGAGGAUGAACUUUUAGAAACAAGGGAUAAUUAUCGACUUGCACUUGAAGAGAAAAAUAAUAUUUUGACCAGUAUUCCUGAAGAAACUGAUGAUGAAUUUGAUUCUAAUGGAUUGAAUGAUAAACAUAUUUUAGAAUUUGAAGAAAAAAUUAAAUAUCUUGAAAAUCAAUUAAAUAAAGAAAAGGAAGCACAACAUAUUCCAACUCCACGUAAUUCUGUUAUUAUGAGUUAUGUUGAUCCUACCGAUAAAACUGUUGAUGGUCUUCAAGCGAAACUUGAAAGUUUACAACAAGAACUUGCACACAAAUCCGAAACUAUUGAAAAUUUAAGAGAAGAACAAGAGAUGGUAGUUGAUCUUCAAGGUCAACUUGAAACUCUUAAAGUGGAUAUUAAUCAUAAAAAUGAGUUGAUUGAUACUUUAAAACGAGAUCUUGUAGAUAAAUCAUCCCUUCAACAAAAAUUACGUGAAAAAGAAGCUGAAGCUUUAGCUUUUAGAACAAAAUUAAUGGAAAUACAUAAACAUGAAGAGGAUUUAGAAAAUGAAAUGAAAGAACUCAAAAAUCGUCUUCAUAAAUUAGAAAGUGGAGAUGAUGUCAAUAAAAUUCUUCAAUCUGAAUUGGAAACCUUAAGAAAUGAACUUAAAGAAGUUCGAGGAAGAGAAGCUAUCGCACUUGAUCGACUUCGCGUUCUUAAAGCAAGAUUGGGAUCUGAUAAUGAAGAAUCUCAUUUACAUGAACAAUUGGAACAUUUGAAGGUUACUGAAAUUUCUCAAAGAGAAAGGAUUAUUAUUCUAGAAAGUAAAUUAUCAGAAAAGGGAGAAAAAAUUGAUGAAGAUCUUGUA